CUGACAUAACUGUUCAUCUCACUGACGCAUGACAGCCAACGAUUCUCGAUUGAUAAUGGCGCAACUUACAAAAAGUUAGGGUUUUUCUAAAAUCUUUUUUCCUCCGAUCAUAAUUUCUUUACCCAGUCGAUACGAGCAGAGCUCUGGAAAGGGAGAAGAGGAGUGAAGAAGAAUGGGCGGGGCGGUGAAGGACUUGCAGUCGAAGGCGGAGCUCGACGGAUUGCUGAAGACGGGAGCGCCGGCGAUCCUGCACUUCUGGGCGGCUUGGUGCGAUGCUUCCAAGCACAUGGACCAAGUCUUUUCCCAUCUCUCCACGGAUUUUCCAAGUGUCCAUUUUCUUAGGGUGGAGGCCGAGGAGCAACCCGAGAUAUCUGAGGCUUACUCCGUUUCGGCUGUGCCGUAUUUCGUGUUCUUGAAGGAUGGUAAGACUCUCGACAAGUUGGAAGGUGCAGAUCCUUCCAGUUUGGCUAACAAAGUUGCCAAAAUCGCUGGCUCAGUUAAUCCCUCGUACCCUGCUGCUCCGGCAAGCCUUGGAAUGGCUGCUGGCCCCACUGUGCUUGAAACGGUUCAAGAGCUAGCUAAAGGACAUGGAUCAACUCAAUCAAUCACUCAGAAAAAGCAACCAGUUACAGGGCUCCAAGAUCUGAUUAAUUCCCAUCCGGUCAUGCUGUUCAUGAAGGGAACCCCUGAGGCUCCACAGUGCGGGUUCAGCAAGAAAGUUGUUAACAUACUGAAAGAAGAGAAUGUGAAGUUUGGUACUUUUGAUAUUUUAUCGGACAACGAGGUCCGCGAGGGAUUGAAGCAAUUCUCCAAUUGGCCUACUUUCCCGCAGCUCUAUUGCCAAGGUGAACUUCUAGGAGGGUGUGAUAUAGCAAUUGCCAUGCACGAGAGUGGAGAACUGAAAGAAGUCUUCAGAGAUCAUGGAAUUGGUACCGGUACCGAGACAGCAGUCAAGGGUGGAGAAAUCACAGAGUCUACUGGUCUGAGUGCCACCCUCGACUCCCGACUUGAGAGCUUGAUUAACUCGAGUCCAGUCAUGCUGUUCAUGAAGGGAAAACCCGAAGAACCCAAAUGUGGUUUCAGUCGCAAGGUGGUGGAAAUCCUUAAAGAAGAAAAGGUUGACUUUGGCAGUUUCGACAUACUGACUGAUGAGGAGGUCCGUCAAGGGCUUAAAGUGUAUUCAAACUGGUCAAGCUACCCUCAACUGUACAUCAAAGGAGAGCUUAUCGGGGGAUCAGACAUAGUGCUUGAGAUGCAAAAAAGCGGGGAGCUUAGGAAAGUUUUGUCUGAGAAAGGUGUAAUAAUUCAGAAAGAAACACUUGAAGAUCGUUUGAAGCGUCUAGUUUCUUCUUCACCUGUGAUGUUGUUCAUGAAGGGCAACCCUGAUGCUCCAAAAUGUGGUUUCAGCUCCAAGGUUGUGAAUGCUUUGAAAGAGGAAGGUGUAACUUUCGGGUCCUUUGAUAUCUUGAGUGAUGAAGAAGUGAGGCAGGGUCUGAAGGCGUUCUCGAAUUGGCCAACUUUUCCUCAGCUUUAUUACAAGGGGGAACUAGUUGGAGGCUGUGACAUUGUCCUUGAACUUCGGACCGACGGAGCGCUGAAAUCUACCUUGUCCGAAUAGAGAUCGAGUUUAUACGUGUCUUCAAUCUCUUGGGUUCCUUGUGGAAGUUUUGAGUUUGAUUAAACAAUUGCAUAUAGGACCCUGGAUCUCUGCCUGAUGUAGUCCCAUGGUUUUUGUCAUUUGAUGAACCUGUAUGUGUGGUUUUCCUGGUUGGUUAGACUGAUCAUUUUUGGAAUCGCUGCUGUUUGCUUCAGCAUGAUUACCGUACAU